UAUGUCACUUUGACAGGCGAGGUGGGUUGAGAUUCAUUGUAAACUGAAACUUGGACUGGCUUUGUAAGCUCGUCAAGGUAUGCACUUCUCUACUAGAGAACAUCUCUAUGGGCACAGGAAUCUGCCCCCCCAGUCCCAGACCUGGACGGCCCCUCCCCCGCUCUUCCCCGGGAGCGCGCCAGUUCUCGCGAGACUAGGGAAGCCGGAGCCUCGAGGGGCGGCGCUGCACGAGCCGACCGCGCGCUGGAAGGUGAUCAACAACUUACAGUCAGUGCAUCAUUAUGAUGAAAGAGAAGCUCACAUGAUUUGUCAUAUAUUUCAAGUCAAACUUCUCAAUGAGUGCUAUAAUCCAGCUAAGAUGUCUAUUACUGACCGCCGGAUUCAACACUGGGAAGAAGCUAUACAAGAAGUAAUGGGUGGGACAUCAAAUCAGGAUCUGGCUACAGAAUGUUAUUUCCUUUGGAAAACUACCCGUCUGCAGCAUUUGACCUUGACAGAGGAGACCCAAAAGAUGCUUAGGGAGCUCAGAAAGGAGUUCCAACUGCUUCUGCUAACAAAUGGAGUUGCACAGAUCCAAAGGGAAAAGAUUGAAGCUUGUGCUUGCCAGCCAUAUUUUGAUGCCAUUGUUGUAGGAGGAGAACAAAAAGAAGAAAAGCCAGCAUCAUCUAUAUUUCAUCACUGUUGUGAACUUCUAGGAGUUCAGCCUGAAGACUGUGUGAUGGUUGGUGAUUCUCUAGAUGCAGAUAUUCAGGGAGGCCUGAAUGCAGGUUUGAAAGCAACUGUUUGGGUAAAUAAAACUGCAAUGGCCCCAAAAGACACUUCUCCAGUUCCUCACUAUAUUAUUCCUUCUGUUCUUGAUCUUCCUGGACUUUUUUGUUCUUUAAAAGAUACUAGUGAAGACAUUAAAAAGGUGGCUGAUAUUUCUGGUAUGUGUGAGACAUCUACAAAGGAAUCUAGGACUUUAGCAUGCAAGGGUUCAUGUUAAAAGGCCACUUACAUAUGUGCAGUUUAUAUUGAUUUAUUUUGAAUGUUCUAUAUUCUAUUAAAAAACCUACACCACUUGUA